AUGAAUAGAGGAAGAGGAGGAUUCAGAGGAGGAAGCAGAGGAGGAUUUGGUGGUAGAACAAAUAAUUUUCAACAAGGCCCACCAGAAUCAGUAUUAGAAAUGGGAUCAUUUAUGCAAGCAUGUGAAGGAGAUAUAGUAUGUCGUUCAAUAAAUGUUAAAAUUCCAUAUUUCAAUGCACCAAUAUAUUUAGAAAAUAAAACACAAGUUGGAAAAGUUGAUGAAAUUUUAGGACCAGUCAAUGAAGUAUAUUUUACUAUAAAACCAAGUGAAGGAGUAAAAGCUGAAAGUUUUAAAGAUGGUGAUAAAUUUUUUAUAGGACCUGAUAAGUUAUUACCAUUGGAUAGAUUUUUACCAAAAGCUGCACCAGUUGGUCCAAAACCGAAAAAGAAAAGUAGUGGUGGUGGAAGUGGACCAAGUUCAAGAGGUGGUAGAGGAGGAUUUGGUGGUGGAAGAGGCGGUUCUCGUGGUGGUUUCAGUAGUAGAGGUGGUGGUGGAAGAGGUGGAAGUAGAGGAGGAUUUAGUGGUGGAAGAGGAGGUGGUCGUGGUGGAUUUGGAGGUAGAGGUGGAGGAAUUUCAAAACCAAGUAGAGGUGGAUUUAGAGGUGGUAGAGGUGGUCGUUAA